AUGCAUCCAGAUCUUCCAAUUUAUCGUACUGCUUUUGCGCAAUCAUUCGACAUUGAGAAAAUUGGGAAAUCUACGCAAGUUGAUGCCGAGUCUUUGUCGAUAGCUUACACGCAAUGUGUUUUCAAGGAACCUAUAAAAUUAAUUUACAAAAUUGCUACCACGCAAUCACGUUGCAAGUCAUCCCUCUCCAAGAUGUUGCAGGCUGAACCUCUUCCAAUGGAUGUUGCACCAUUACGAACAUUUAGUGUUGAACCGAAUCCGGCCGUCCUGAAAUCCAAACCUUCGGAUGUUAUUUUAAAGUCCAUUCCUCCAUUGGAAAGAAGAGACUGUUCAUGUUCUACUAUUUCAUGCUCAAAUGCUAACGCUUCAAUUCAAGUUUCACCAUCAUCAAUCUAUCAAGCAGGUGUUGAUCCCCUUCCGCUUUCUAAAUGCUUCUCUGAGGAGUUACAAUUUACGCCUAAACAGCUGAGUGUAGUCGCCGUGGAAUCAAUUCGGUCCGAGUCCUCCGAACCCAAGGUUCGUCCGUUGUCAGUGGCUCUUUCACAAUCAGUCGAGAAAAGUGUACCUCUCACUCAUAAAGAAAUGCAAAUUUCUCCAGAACGGCUCGCGAUAGCAACGACUCAAUCCACGGGCGUCAAAAGCUUCGGAAAGAAACUGCAAGUUCAACCAAUAGGGCUUGCUAGAGCAGCAACUCAAACGCCUUGGGAGGAACAGGUCCCUAUUAAGCCGUCAACCUCCACAACUAUCAUGAUGUCAGCACCAAGAAACGAAACUUUCGAAGCAAGUUGUGGACCUGUUCCCUCAUACAUGAUUUCAUCAAUCGUCCAAGCAGAAACUCAACCUAUCAUACCAACGCUUGAAAAGAUAAACAAAAAGUUGAUGGUUCGACCGGAGUUUAUGAAGACAUCAGAAGUCCAGGCAACCGCGCCGAAACUAGGGUUAAUGUCAUUUGAAAUCCAGAGUGAAAUGCCGCUUUCUAUUCAGUUAAGUAAACCUACGCCUAAAUUCAAAGAAAUACAAGCGCAUAGCGACUUGCUUAAGGUUUCCUCAAGUCAGACGAAAUUUGUCGAGCAACCCUUUAUUAUCCAGCAACCUUCGUCUCUAUCUCCACUUUAUGCAGCCCCUGUAAUGAAAGAGACUUUAGAUUUUGGCACUCAAUAUGAGACCAGCGUACGGAGCGUGCGAAUACAGAAAGGUAUCGGUGCAAUCGAAGAUACAGUUCACAUCGGCAUCCAGGACUCGCAGUACGAGCCGCGAAGAUCACCUCCAAGUCCAAGAGUGCACAAAAUUGAGUGGGGAAUUCAAUGUAAGCCAACGGUGAUGGUUGGAAUCACACAAACAGCAAUCAUCGAACAGAUUCCACUUCCGAUCCCACCACAAAUGUACACAGAAAGCACUCAAACCGAGAAUGUGGCGCCGCCACCAUCAGUUACUAAAGUAGAGGUAAUCCACAGGCCUAUUAGGAAUGCCAAAGUAAGUGAACCUCUUUUCUCAUUUGUUCGAGAAACAACCGCUCAUGUGCCUAAGGAGCGGAGGGUCAAAUCACAAGGCCUCAUUCCUUUCAAAACUCAAGUGGCCACACAGGAGCAAGAAUACUCCCUUAGUGUUCCAUCCACGCUCCAUUUGAACGUCCUGGAGCAUGGUGCGGCCACCAUGACUGAGCAAUACUCAUACCAGCAACAGCGUUCAACCUCCAUGAACAUUCCCAGACGAUAUGCCAGUCGAAUUCGUUCUCCUUCAGUAAGAGGGACAACUUACAACAGACGAAAUCGUUCAAUGGAUACCAUAUUUGAAGAUUUUAGAACCAAUCAUUUGCAGGACAGUUUGCCCAGACACAGCGAGGGGGACCUCUAUUCCGAGAACACUUACGUGGGAGAACUUCUGAAAACGCAACAAAUGAAACUGGAAGAACGCACAGAAGAAAGCCUUCAACGGUGUGUACAGGCAGUUGGGUUUGAAAGAGUCUACUCCAUGCUGCGUCAAAUCUGGGAGGAGACAGAAGAGGAAAAAGCUAUUUAUGAAGAGAUUCAUGAUGGGUUCUGCACUUCACGUACGUUCCCAGGCAGAAGAUAUACCGAUGUCACGACUCAAUACUCGAUUCCGUCAUUAGGCUUCCACCGUGGCUACGGUAAAAGGGAUGCAGCAGUCCAAGAAGGUAUUUCCCACGUGCAGUGGAUCCCACUUCCACCCGGACACCUUAUCCAUAUUGAAAGUGACGAGAGCACUGAUAUAGAUGAAACCUAUGAUUGGGAUCCCGAUUUAUCUUCAUGGCAUCCUAGACGCAAUCUUUUCAAAUGGUUGGCUAGAACACCUCUCGACUUUGGAACACAAACAGAAGUGACGAAAGCCGAAGAAAACCAAUAUAUUGACCGUCUGCUAAGAAGUCGAGCAUUAAGCGCCUACACUAGCGACUUCGAAAUGCAGCAAGCGGGUCUUAAACUAAACUAUCCUGAAAGUGGUACAGUGAGCGUGGUAUCCUGGAGACCACGUUAUCUGGAUGGUGAGGACCAACUGGAUGUCGACACAAUUGGUCAGCUGCUGAGAAUUUCAUUGGUUGGUGCGAGGGUGCCAGGUACUGGUGAAGUUAUUUCGGCAGCGGAUGCAUUCUACCGAGGUAUUCUUCGAAUGGUCUACGUGGAUGACACUCGUGGGACUAUUAUGCCACUACCAACGGCCAUCACAGCAAAUGCUGUUAUUGUGGAAAAGCAGUAUCCACGAGGUGUGGGAAUCGCAUUACACAGCACUUCACGCAAGUAUCCAGUGGAAUGUCAAGUGCUAUGGAAUACUUCGACCCUUCGAAGGAGAACAUACCGAGUGAAUUUUAUUCAGAAGUCGACUGAUGAGCGUGUCGAUCUUUCAACUGCACUAGCAGAGGGACUCAUCGAUCUUACGAGCGGUGAAUUAAUCAAAAUUCCCAUGCCAUCGACAUCCACCCUACCAGAUCCAUUGUUGGAGUCUCGAGAGUCAACUCUAGGUGCUGAAGAUAACACUCCCGUUAUACCACAUCCAGAAAGAUACUCUGUGCACGAGGCCAUUCUAAAUGACAUACUCAAUGUUGAUCUGUUGGCACCAGAAGCAGUCAUUUUCCCUAGCACGGAAUUGAUACAAGAAGGAGUCUCCCGAGAAGGCGAAAGCUUCUUUUCAAGCCCCGGCCCUGAUGAAGAGUCGGACAUGGAAGUAUAG